AGCAGCACACUUUGAGAGCAAGGGAAGAAAGAAACCAGAAGUUCAAAGAACUUGACCGACAGUCAUGGCUUCUUUGUCUUCCCCGGCAAUCUCUACUUCUACAAAUGUGUUUGAAUAUGGAAAUUUCACCACUGAGUUGAUAAAAGUUGAACAAGGGCCCUGCUGCAGAAAAGCUGCUGAACAAACUUUACCUCCUCCAAAGCCACUCUUAAUUGGGACACCAUCAGAAGCUGGAGUGUUCCCUGUUCUGCUGUUCCUUCAUGGCUAUCUUUUUCUUAACUCUUUCUACUCCGAGCUUGUUCAACAUAUUGCUUCUCAUGGAUUCAUCGUGGUUGCCCCACAGUUAUAUAGUGUGGCAGGACCUGAUUCAACCAAAGAAAUCGAGUCCACUGCUGCAAUAACAAACUGGUUUUCAGAAGGACUACAGGCUUGCCUUCCAUCACAUGUUAGGCCGAACUUAUCAAAGCUGGCGCUAUCCGGCCAUAGUCGCGGAGGCAAAGUGGCUUUUGCAGUGGCUCUGGGAAAGGCAAUCACUUCAUUAAAAUUCUCAGCGUUGGUAGGAGUUGAUCCUGUUGAUGGAAUGGACAAAGGGAAACAAACACCCCCGCCAAUUCUCACUUACAUUCCUCAUUCCUUCAAUAUUGAUAUGGCUGUAUUAGUCAUCGGAUCAGGCUUAGGUGCAGUAAAAAGGAACCCGCUGUUUCCACCUUGUGCUCCAAAAGGGGUGAAUCAUGAGGACUUCUUCAAUGAAUGUCAAAAGCCGGCAUAUCACUUUGUUGCCAAGGACUAUGGCCAUGUUGAUAUGCUGAAUGAUGACACAACUGGGAUUCGAGGAAAGACCACAUAUUGUUUGUGUAAGAAUGGUGUAUCCAGAGAACCCAUGAGGAGAUUUGUUGCAGGAAUUAGUGUUGCAUUCUUGAGAGCUUAUUUGGAAGACAAUUCCAGCGACUUGGAGGCCAUUAAGGAUGGACAAUUAGUAGCACCUGUGGUGCUUCAAAAAGCUGAUUUUCUAUUAUAAAUUGUGUGAUUUAGUUGCCUAAUAAAAGGAAUCAUCCCAUUUGUUAGCAGAAAUUCUACUAAAGAAUGGAGCAGCAGCUUCAAAUCUAGUAGUAUUCCUUUUGAUGGUGCCUACAUAUAUAUAAUAGCAACAAAAACAAAUGUUCUGUGUUACACGAAGCAUUUUAUUUUCA